AUGUUUGACAAUGGCGUCAUUCGUCACGAACUCAGUGGAGCUGGAAUAGCAGGAGACUAUUUCCGGUUAUUGACAAACCAAGCAAAGGAAGUGAAGGGACGCACAGUUACCGUCAGGUGGGAGCAGCAAGGAUCGUGUUCUGCUGUCAAUUACACUGUUUAUUACAGAGAAGUGAAGCCAGGAAAUAAUGCAUGCGUAUGGAAGGUAGUUAAUGUGUCGCGAUUUGCAGACCACUAUAACCUUGAAUUGGAAUGCUUCAAGGAAUAUGACGUAGCAGUUACUGGAUGGGGAGCCAGAACACUCAAACCAUGGAGAGUCAAAACUGGACAAGAUUUUCCACAGAUCGUAAACUUGAAAGUAGCGGGACGCAAUGUAAAUAUCACGUGGCUGCCUGUAUCCAAGGGAGAGUGUUAUGACCAUUGGUACCUUAUCUACCACAGAAAAGUGAUUCCUGAAGUAAAUAAAGGCCAAUGGAAUGUAGUUAACGUGUCUCAAUAUAACGCAACCAACUACAAUCUUCAACUCCAAUGCUACAUGGAAUAUGAAAUAACAGUUACUGCACAAAGUGCAAACGGAGAAACACCUCUUAACCAAAGCAAACCGAGGAAAGUCAAAACUGAGGGAGGUAACCUGUCUCCUCCCGUGGGUGACAACAAGACAAUGGAAAUAAACAGUUGCGAUCUGAAUUACAUGUGGAGUCCUCCAAUGCACACUGGAUGUCCCCUUACGAUGUAUAUAAUACACUACAGAGAAAUUCAUUCAGACGGCAACGAAACUGAUUGGCUGCAAAUUUCUAUCGCUCAGCUUAAAAAAACGUCCUAUGUCAUACCACUGAAAUGCGAUGUGGAGUAUGAGAUCGCAAUGUCUGUCAAAGAUGGACAAAGAGAGAGUGUCAUGUCAAACUUCUGGCGCGUAAAAACCAAGUCCCCUGCGACAGGCGGACAAACUAUUGCUGUGAUUGUUGGAGGUCUUGCUCUUGUUGCCAUGAUACUUGUGGGGAUUGGUUGUCACAGGAAGAAGACACGAAAGAGAAAACUAAAUGUCCUCCUUGCAAAACGGUUAAAGUCCGACAUGAUUCCCUUACUGCAACGGGAAAUUCCACCCGAGCGGAUAACGUUCAUGGAGGAACUGGGUCGAGGGGCUUUUGGUAANAUCUAUGUUAAAUUUUGUUACUCAGGUUAA